AUUUUUGUAACAGGUUAGUUUGUUUCAUGGCACACACUGGUGUGUUACAGCUACAGAAGCAGCAGAAAAACGUGACAGUUGAGUUCAGUCCAUGACAUUUUCUCUGAGACGAAUGCGUGUCAGCUGCUAACGUUAGUUGUGUAAAAUCUAGACGUAAAGAGGAGGAUUUCCGACCAGCUGGAAAUCCGCUACAACGACGUUUCAACUUUUACGUUCAUUCUGGGUCCGAGCCUUUUAGCUCGGCCUUAACGCAACACGUCGUAGCCUGCUGUAGAGGACGCAGUAAAAUGUCAACGCUAACCUUACAACAGAAAUCAAGAAACGUAUCUGUACAAACCAACUACGCUAUCAAGUGAUGACACCGAAGCAAAAUUCUAAACAAGGACACUGGGUGGUUGAGAGAGAAAUUCUUGAUCAAUAUGUGACAGGUUUAAACAGCGUUCUUAUAUAAGGAGGAUGCCAAGACAUUGCUCAGCAGGUGGCUGCAAAUCUCGGGACAACCGUGAGACUCGUAAUGCUGGUAUCACCUUUCACAAAUUACCAAAAGGAGCAAGUCGGAGGAACCUUUGGAUCAUCAACUCCCACCGUGCAGACUCCUGGGAUCCUCAGACUGACUUUGUUUACUUUUGUUCCAAACACUUCACCCCAGAGAGCUUUGAGCUGACCGGAUGCAGUGGGAUCAGAAGGCUGAAAGAAGAUGCAUUUCCUACAGUAUUUGAUUCUUCAACAACCAAAUGCAAAAGAGCAGGAACACCACAGAAACAAGAAGAAGUCACUGCCAGGAAGAGUCCCUGCUCAGGUGACCAGGAGCACACUCAGGAAGGAACAAACCAAGGUCAGACUUCAUUAGAACCCACAGUUCAGAGGUCAGUGGCAGCAUCUGAGGAGACUCAUGAAAACAUGCCUCCAUCUUCUCAAGAGCCAUCAGGGGUGGAGCAGCUCUCACAGGAAGAACAUGCUUCUUCACCACCAUCAGAGUCUCAUCCUCCCUCCCCAUCACGUUACAUGAGGCGCCUGCCCCCUCCUCCAGGCCUCUACCUGUCAAAGGAGCAUAGCUACGCGCAGCUCUGCCCACUACUGUGGAGGAGACGUUAUGACCAGGCUAUUGACUGCCUGGAGAAGGCGUUACGACAGCUGCACGCAGCCAGGCGGAGGGAGAACCGCCUGCGCAGCACUGUACUGAGACUCCGUGAUAAACGGCUGAAGCACACUCUGCUUGUGUCACAAGAUGGUUGUAAAAAUAGGGGGAGCUGGACACCAGGGAGGGAGAAGAGACGAGAUAAAGGAGGUUCUAACCAGGAGGAGAGUGAGACUGAUGCUAAAUCUGAGGAUACGGGGUUGUUUGAGGACAGAUGUGUGGAUCACAUGGAUCUGGGGGGUCUUCUUCUUCCAGACACCACUAGCUGGUCUGAGGAGAAGGGAUACUGCUUUUACUGUGGAAGGGGACAGCUUCAGGUGGGUGGUCAGGUAGCAUACAGACUUUCAAAGGGUGAGAAAGAUUUCCAGCCCACAGAGCACAAGGACCCAGAAAAGAUUCAGAAAAGCGUCGAAACCAGUACUUGUGGCACAGCUGAAAAUAUCAAAGACAUACAGAUUGUCAGGCUGGAAAUACCAUUUCGGAAAAAAGUAGAAACCAAUAACCUAGAUAUUGCACAUUCCCAAAUCCAACAUGUAAUCUCUGGUGGAGUAUCUCUGCCUGAUACUCAUGAGCAGAGUUUAGAGUUUUUAACCUCUCAGCAGAAGCUGCUUUCCUCCGACAGAUGUGAAAGGGAGUCUGAUGCUGUGGAUCAGGAGAAUUACGUGAAUCUGCAGCCGCAGCUGUUUUGGAUACAGGACAGUGCUGAGGGACAGGUCAUUUUGGUGCCUGUCCCUGCUGAAGAUGGAUUACAAAGCUUUCUCAAGAUGGAGGGGCUCGUUGACGAAGCACAAACCAUAUUGAUGUCAGAACUGGAUCCUAAAAGAGACUUGAGACACACAAUCGAGAACGGUGGAGGUCUCGCCAGAGUUGAAACAGUUUGUGAUGAUGAACAUAGUGACCAACAUUCAGUUAUCAACAGUACAUUAGUGGAAACUAGAGAAGAUGUGAGGGAGAAACUUAAAGAACACCUGGAGGGAUUUCACCUUCAGCUGAGCACAGAGUUUAUAAACUGAUGAGAUGUUCUGAAUGAACACUUUUUGUUAGACUAAUGAAUUAUGAAUUAUUCAUAUUUUCCUCUUUUUUCUGCCAGCAAACAUGCUGAAUGUUAUGUAGACUUAAAUGUGUAUUUCAAAUGGUCCCUGGCCACUAAAAGAUUUGACUCAACUUCAGAAUGAAUUCAGUAAGCACCCAGAUAUGAUGCAGAGCCACAACUUUUUGAGAAACUUUAAAAAUAUUUUCAGUGCACAGUCACUUAGUGCAGAAAGGGUGCAAAUCACUGGAUGAAUGGGUACAACGGUGAAUGUCUCCUACUUGUAAGAUACAUCUUACUCCACUGUUCCACAGAGCCAUUAUUGUCCAGAUGCUACAGACAGGUGACAAAUUAAAGGGAAAGCCGGAAAAAUAAAUGGAAAAACAGAAUGAUAAUGCCUGCAUUCAUAGGGCACGAGGGGUCACUGAAUGGUUUGAUCAGUAUGAUAAUGAUGUGAAUCAUAUGUUGUUGCCUUCAUAGUCACCAGAUUUCUACCCAGCUGAACACCUGUAGUUUAUUUUGACUCAGUCCUACACACACAACGUCCUGCUGCCCCAAACAUGCGAUCAAAUGGGGGAUUCCUCUCAUGCUGAAAUAGUUCCCAAGAAAUGCACUAUUUUCUUCUGUUUGAGUAGUGUUAGAUAAAAACUACAGUGACCAGCCGUUUUUGGCAAUUAAAAAAAAACAACAACUAUAUUUUUUGUGAGUUGUUUAGUUUUAGUGUCCAAAGAUUAGUGUCUUCAGUAGGAACCUACAGUAGCAUAUUGGAUCACUAUCAUGUUAUAAUGUGAUAACUUAUAUUGUUAUAGUUAUAAUUUAAAAUGUUUUCAUGUUAUCAGAAUAUAAGUUAUCAUUUUGCAGCAAUAUAAGUUAUCACAUUAUAACGUGAUAGUGAUCCAUUUUUCUUUUUCUGGCGUGGCACCAAUAUGUUAUCAUAUGGACCCAAUAGAAGAAUGUAGAAUAACACCAGAAUGAUCCUCUCAUUUCAUUUAAAAACAUUAAAAGAUAGAUUUGGUGAAACAAUGAUACAUGAAAAAUUCAUGACCGAAAUAAUGGAGAUCAAGGUAAAUCUCAGAAAUAAUUAAAUAAAGUUGAAAUAAAAAGAUAACUGCAUUUUUGACUUGUCAGUUCAUUUUUCAGUUCGUGAGCAACCUGAACCUGGUGUUUGCACAGUUGUACAAUAGCAACAUAUCAGUUCACUCAGAGCACUCAACUGGGUGAGGGUGAACAUAUGCGUCAUUCUGGAAGAGCCAUAAUGUUCAGAGACCAGGGCCCAUGUUUGUCUCCUAAAAGUCACAUUUUAGACUUAAGUGAAUGAUAAAAGUAAAAAUCCUUUUACUCACAAACUUAAGAAUAAGCAUGCUGCUGUUUUCUGUCUGAUUAUACUAGGAAGACUGUAUAAGCUGAACCAUCAUUAAGAGUAGUUUUAGUUGACUAUUUACAUUUGAAUGUCAGAUUGUAUGUUACAGCACUUUUAUCUAUUUCUUUCUCUUUUUUUUUUGUCAUUUAUCGGGCUGUGAGCAAACACCCAAAUAAAUGUAACACUGAUUUCAUUUACA